UUUUAACGUUCACCAUCAGCAGUUCAUUUGAACGUGAAUAUAUCAACGUAUAUGUUAUGAUCAUGCAAGCACCAAAUGUUACACAUAGGGUAAAUAAAUAUGAAAUAAAACUAUGGGCAAGUUAGAAGAUUAAGCGGAUUUAAUGAAACAGUGGCCUACUGUUUGGAAUAGUCAGAUGUCUGCCAAUUUAAGCAAAUCAACAAAUAAUACACGGAUUAUAUAUUUAAUUGGGUGCUUUAAACGUAAAUAAAUACGACAUCCCGCAUUUCAAAUGGAAUUACUAAUGACUGACUAAUUACGAGGAUAUAGGGAACAUGUUCAUAAUGCCAUCAUAGAUCUCAAAAACCGAGGAAAGACGUAAAGGGGUGAACUUACGCAAUUGGAGAAAACGGAAUAUGCAUUUCAAAACCUGUUUCAAGAGAAGAACCAAUGCAACUACAAUUGUGAUACUUGUUCUAGGGUUAUUUGUCAUUUUAUUGUUUACGCUCAACAAGGAUGUGGACACAAUUCAGGACGAUGUAAUCAAUGUUAAAAUCAACGACAAUAUCUCAAUUGACUCUUACACAAUCAGGAAAAUGGCGAACACCAUCGAGUACUCACCGACACAAGACUAUACCUUUCACAAUACGACGACUAAACAAGAAAAUACAGUAUCAACACAAAUAAAAGCACUAAUGAAUUUAAAGCAACUCAUCGAGAGAAAUAAGAAAAUAUACAUAUACGAUUUAAAGGAGAAACUAUUAAACAAUAACUUUGAAGAAAAGUUAAAAAGAACCUUUCAAAAGGGCACAUAUGGUAAAUGUAGCAGUGUCAUAUCCGAAAUUAGAUUACGUCACGAUGUCCAGUAUUUUGUGUUUCGAUACAGUUAUGAACCAUCGCCUAUAGAUGUCACCUUAUUAUCGCAUCUUACUCUUAACAGAGGUAUACAUAGAAUAUCAAAAAUUCUUGCACAAUGGCCUGGUCCUGCAAGCUUAUCUGUUUUUGGAACUGAUGCUGAGAUUAAACAAUUCCUGGAUGUUAAUCAUCCUUGGGAAAGAGAAAAUGUUGCAAUACACGCAGUAUAUCAACGGAAUGCUACACAUUACCCUGUAAACUUUAUGAGAAAUGUUGCUCUCUAUGGUGCUAAUACUUCCCAUAUUUGGAUGAUCGAUGCCGAUUUCACACCAAAUAAGGAUGCAUAUCAGCUUAUAAAGAAAUAUAUACCGCAAUUCGAUUGGACAAGAAAUAGACCGGCAUUGGUAACACCAGCAUUUGAAACUAAUCUAAAUGAAGGUGGAGUGCCGGACAAUAGAACCCAUCUGUUGGAGAAACUGAACGAAAAGAAUAAGACAAUAGAAACAUUUAGCUUUUCAAGAUGCCGGAACUGUCAUAAAAACACGAACUGGAAACAUUUCAUGACUACCACGAAGGCAUACAAGAUACGAGGAGGUGGACGUUUUGAGCCUUAUGUUGUUUUACAAAGAAAGACUAUUCCAGUUUAUGAUGAACGAUUGAUUGCGAGGCAUUGGAAUAAAAUUCUUUACGACUAUGAACUUUAUGCAUUACAGUAUGAGUUCCAUGUGUUGCCAGAUGUUUUCAUUGUUCACGAGCCACACGAACGGAUAAUUCAACCACGAGUUGAAUUCACAUGUUUGGAUAAAAUUGGACUGCUAAUCAAACAAGAACUCCUUAAAAAGAAGAAGUUUCUGUCAAAAGUAAUGGCUGAAGAUAAAAAGAAAUCUGACAAACCAUCGCUUUAACACAUACAAAAACAAUCGAAUU